UUCUCAACCAUCGGCACCCGAAUCAGUUUCCUGGCCACCCGAAGGUCUCCCCAGGCUCCGAGCCACCCAGAGUGCCACACGGCCGGCUCACCCCCAAACCUCCGCCCGGCAUCUCUGGCUGGACAAGAGGUCCCAACCACCCGUCCUCCAGUCCUUGGCACCCACCAGGCAGAAAGCUGGAAGCGACGUUAACCAUGAGUGAUUUUUGGCACAAGCUGGGCUGCUGCGUGGUGGAGAAAGCGCAGCCGCAGCAGCGGAAAAGACGGCGGAUCGACCGAAGCAUGAUAGGCGAGCCCAUGAAUUUCGUCCACCUCACGCACAUUGGCUCUGGGGACAUGGUGAACGAGGGCCUCCCCGCCGUGUCAGGAGCCGUCCAGGAAAUGCGGUCCAAAUGCGGGCGAGAAAGACCUUGGAGCAAUUCCCACAUUUUAUAACCUUGUGCCGCUCCUC